AUGGGCACUCUGCUCAUCAGAAAGAUCCGCGAAGAAUACCCUGACCGCAUCAUGAACACGUUCAGCGUGGUGCCUUCUCCCAAAGUGUCGGACACGGUGGUGGAGCCGUACAACGCCACUCUGUCAAUGCGCCAGCUGGUGGAGAACACAGACACGACCUACUGCAUCGACAACGAGGCUCUGUUCAACAUCUGCUUCCGGACGCGGAAGCUGACCAGGCCCACGUACGGCGACCUGAACCACCUGGUGUCGACCACCAUGAGCGGAGUGACCACCUGCCUGCGCUUCCCUGGCCAGCUGAACGCGGACCUGCGCAAGCUAGCGGUGAACAUGGUGCCCUUCCCGCGGCUUCACUUCUUCGUGCCCGGCUUCGCUCCUCUGACCUGCAGGGGGAGCCAGCAGUACAGGGCCCUGACGGUCCGCGAGCUGAUGCAGCAGAUGUUCAACUCCAAGAACAUGAUGGCGGCGUGCGACCCGCGUCACGGGCGCUACUUGGCGGUGGCGGCCAUCUUCAGAGGGCGCAUGUCCAUAAACGAGGUGGACGAACAGAUGCCGAACCUUCAGAACAAAAAGAGCAGCAACUUUGUGGAGUGUAUCCCCAACAACGUGAAGACGGCGGUGUGCAACAUUCCUUCUCGAGAACAGUUCACCGCCAUGUUCCGCAGAAAGGCUUUCCUCCACUGGUACACGGGGGAAGGGAUGGACGAGAUGGAAUUCACCGAAGCGGAGAGCAACAUGAACGACCUGGUGUCCGAGUACCAGCAGUACGAAGAUGCUACUGCUGAGGAGGAGGGAGAGUUUGAUGAGGAGGGGGAGGAGGAGCUGGCCUGA